AUGUGUCACAAGGGAGUGGGACACAGCUUUACUGUAAAGUGAUCACAACGUGACCACAAAUAGUAAAAAAAAAAAGAGACAACAAACAUUUACAAAAUGACCAAACGGAGACACAAAGUAAAUGAACACAAAAUGACCUCAAAUAUAUACAAAGUGACUACAAAAGGACACAAAAUGACCAAAAAGAUACACCAAGUGACUACUGCUUCUAUGUGGGUGGGCAUUCAACAUGCCUGUGCCCGGGGGCCUAUCGUCUCACAAUUUGCCCCUGGCUGAGGCUGUAAAAAAGAGUGAACUGUUAAUAAGUCUAGUAUCAGGAAGAUAGGGAGAAUGAAGCCUCUGAAAAAAAAGAUAAUGAAAUGGAAAUGGCUGGAUAUUGAAUAGCUUAGUUUUCAGCUCCUCUUUGAAACAUUCAGGUGUCUCACACACUGCAGAACGGGCUAACGGGCUGAGAGUUUCCUCGGGGGUCAUCUCAUAAAUCACAGAGAAGGUCGAGCCCCGUGGGCUGACAGCAGAGAGCAUCGGGGGUCAAACACACUUGGGGGACACACACCUCUGAGCUGGGAACAAAUAGAGCAGAGCUGCUCCUAGUCUCUGCACUUCAGACACCACGCUCAUGUCCUAGUUUUUACUUUUUUUGUGUCACCUCAAGUUUCUUGUUGUAAGGGGGUGGCCUUGUUAUUUCACUGCUCUCAAAUUCAUCUUCAUGCAGAGGAAACUUUGUGUUCUAGCUGCCCUAUAAACAGAGGGGUUGGGGACAGUGCUCUGUUUUUUGGGUUAGGGCUAUCUAUAACAAAAGUAAAGAAUAUAUCUUGUCAAAAAGAAAUUCAAGGUUCUAUACUUGACAAGAAAAUCCAAUGAACUUAAUUUUACUGCAAAGAAUGUGGCCAAAACUGCCAGGACAUGCCACAAACCCAAAGUAAAGUGUCUGAAAGUAUUAAAGUCUUAUUUGUCUUAUUUAAGCAUACGGAAAAGUUUGAAGGGAGUUGUCUAAAAGUUAACAAGCAGUAUUUACUUAAAACACUUUCCCUAUCUUAUUUGUGAAAUUUUCCAAAAACAACACUUUGUGCAAAGAAAAACUGAAUUCAACUAAAUCUCUGGAGAAUUUAGCAACAUUUUCUCCCAACAGCAGGUACCUAAACUUUGAACAAAAGAGAGAUUUAUUUCACUUUAGCGAACAUAUGGUGUACCAGGAAAAUUUAAAAAUUGUAAAUAUUAUUGCUGCUGGCGUACACUAGAGCUCCUGCUCCAACACCUCACACAUUGGUGUUUGACCCUCCUCAGCUGCCCCUCUCCGUCUCCUACUUUAGCUCGAGAUUUAGCUUUUUCACUCUUUCAGUCUCCCUUGUUUCCUCAAAGGCAGAAAUAACUUUCCGACUGUAGUCACAUUGAUUGUACAUCUGUUUUCACUAUUCAAUAACAGAAAAAACAGCUAUUUACAGUCACACCACUCACUGAGUCAUAUGGUCCCCCUCUUAUCUGUCUAAAUCCUUCAAUAACCCUCCAUUUCAUUUUGAAUUUCAUUAUCCCAAUUGCGACAGUCACAGUGGAAUUAUCAUAGAGCCAAAUGUAACACAUAUAAAUGCAAUUGAGUGAUACAAAUAUACGUUUUUAAUGAUAAACAAAUAAUAGUAUAUGCGCAAUAGAGAGUUUAUAUUCCCAGAGCUCUCAUAAAUAUAAUAUGUUAAAGCAACCACUAAAAGUAAUUGUACAGAUUUGUUUUGAAAUUAACAGAGAUCAAUACGUACAUCAGUUAUAUCGAUUAAAAACACCUUAAUUUUAACAGUAUCCCUUAUAAGUUUCAUCCUGAAUACAUUUUUCACGGAACAAUUUAGUAAAAAACACUCUAACAUUUAUUUUAUUGCUUGUUUUAUGUGCUUAAUACAAUUGGGACUACAUUUCCCACAAUUCCACUUGGUAUUUGCUCCUCGCUGUUGGUUGGCCCCAGUUGAUGACGCUAAAAACAUGCGCAUGUAACCUUGUGCUAGUGUGUAGUUUUGUUGUAAAACCAGCUAUUGAAACGGCGUUAAAACACAUUUGAAUGUUAUAUUUAGCAUUCAUAGAUAUUCGUUAGUCAUGAACAAAUAUAUUUUACCAGUUUCUGUCUUUGGGACAGUGUUUGGAGUUGCUGUUUUACUCAAGGAACAUAUGACUGGAGGCCGGUGUACUAGUAAAGCUACCUUAACUGGGAAGACUGUGGUGAUAACGGGAGCCAACACCGGCAUCGGGAAAGAAACCGCCCGGGACCUGGCAAAGAGAGGGGGUCGGAUCAUUAUGGGAUGUCGAGACAUGGAAAAGUGCGAGACAGCUGCCAAGGAAAUACGAGGGAAUACCCUGAAUCCUCACGUUUAUGCUUGCCAACUCGACCUGGCCUCAAUGAAAUCCAUAAGAGAGUUUGCUGAGAAAAUCAAACAAAAGGAGCAGCGUGUGGACGUUCUGAUAAACAAUGCAGGGGUCAUGAGAUGUCCAGAAGGGAAGACAGAAGAUGGAUUCGACAUGCAGUUUGGAGUUAACCACCUAGGCCACUUCUUGUUGACAAAUCUUCUGCUGGAUAAGUUGAAAGAAUCCGCCCCCAGCAGAGUGAUCAACCUGGCCUCCCUCGCCCACAUCGUUGGAAAGAUGGACUUCGAGGACUUGCACUGGGAGAGAAAGAAGUUUGAUACCAAGCAGGCGUACUGUCAGAGCAAGCUUGCCAAUGUUCUGUUCACCAGAGAGCUCGCCAAGCGAUUACAAGGCACAGGAGUCACGGUGAAUGCUGUGCACCCGGGCGUUGUUGCCACGGAGCUCGGGAGGCACACCAAUCUGCACCAAUCACAGUUCUCCACCACUGUGCUCAGUCCUUUUUUCACGCUGUUAGUGAAGAGCCCAGAGCUCGGGGCCCAGCCCAGCAUCUACCUGUCCGUGUCCGAGGAGGUGGAGGGGGUGACGGGGGCGUACUACGAUGUGAUGACAGAAAAGGAGCCGUGGCCUCAGGCUCUGGACGAGGACGUGGCUCUCAGGCUGUGGGAGGUCAGCAGCAGGCUGGUGGGUCUGGAGGAGGAAGGACAACUGAAGCCCCCGACAGAGGUCCAGAGCAGAGCUGCCCAGCCGGCCCUCACACAGCCGAGCGGACAGAGCGCAGAUGUGGGAGCUGAGGGGCUGUAGCUGGCCUCUGGACCUGCAGGGGAUAAUGGACCUUUUAUGGCUUGAGCUGAAACAACUCUCUGUCUGAGUCUGAGUGUCUGCUUGUCUCUGUAAAUGUAUUGUUUUGUACAAGCCUUCAUGUUCCUGCAUCAGGAUAUUUUCUUUAACACAUGGCAGCCUUUAAAAGUGGACUCUGACUUCUUUUCUUUCUUUUUAAAUCAAUCAAUCAGAAUCAAAAUACUUUAUUUAUCCUGGGGGACAUUGGGUUUUGUGACAGUUGAUUUAUUUUUUAAAUAAAAUAAAUAAAGUUAAAGUAAAAAGGUCCAAAACAAGAUCAAAUAAAGUCAGCACAUUGAUAUGAACAUAAGAAGUUUAUGUAAAAAUGUGCACAGUGUACUCCAAUAAAGUGACACUAUGUAA